CUAUUAUAUGCACGUGGGGCCAAAGAAUUUAAAUGAAGUUGUUUUUAUAAGAAACUUUAAAUUAAAAUAGCAGGACUAAAAUUCCAACAUGUCGUCUUCCUUUUUUCUCAAGCCAGGCGCAAAAGGCACCAAAAAGCGCAAAAAUCCCACAGCAACAACAAAAGGAAAGCCCGUAAAAAAAGGCGGAAAAGUUGGAAAGUCUGCGCCCUCAGGCGGCGGACCAGUUCCGAAGAAGCAGCGCAGACCGAAGGAGGAGGACGAGGAAAUAGCCAGUGACGACGACGAGUAUAACAGCGAUGUGGGCGGCGAUCAAGGCAACACAUUGGCCUUUUCCUCCGACGAGGGCGAGGAGGAGACUCCGCAGGAUAAGCGCCUGCGUUUGGCCAAGCAGUACUUAUCGGAGAUCGAGCGUCAGGAGGCGGAUCGCGCCGAAGAUCGCGAGUUGGCCCAAAACGUUGAACAGCGCCUGCAAACCGAGUACUUGGACAGCGUGGGCAAACUGCGCCGGAAUAUCGCUGGUAGCCUUAAAUCCUGCGAAUCUUCCCGUAUCCUUAAGCACAAGAUCCACCACACGCCCAUCUGUGCACUGGCACUCAGCCCGGACGGCAAAUACCUCUACACGGGAGCAAAAUCGCAAUUUCUCCUUAAAUGGUGCACGGAAACGGGGAAAGUGCUGGAGAAAUCUGAUGUCCUGUCGCAUCGUGAGGAGCCCGAAACGGGGAAGAAAAGGCGCUCCCACGUCGUUACCAUCUGUCUGUCCUCGGAUAUGAAGUUCCUAGCCUUGGGGGAGGGUGGUCCCCACAUCCAAAUCUGGUGCCCGCAGACGAUGAAGCAUAUCAAAACAUUGAAAGGGCACAGGGACAGUGUGGCCGGUUUGGUCUUCCGCAAAGGAACACAUGACUUGUACUCGGCGGCAAAAGAUAGAUCGGUGAAAAUCUGGUCGCUGGAUGAGAUGGCCUACGUAGAGAGUUUAUUCGGUCACCAAACGGGAGUGACCAGCAUAGACGCCCUCAGUCGAGAACGGGCCAUUACCGCUGGCGGUUCCGAUUGUUCUCUGCGCAUCUGGAAAAUUACGGAGGAGUCCCAAUUAAUCUACAACGGACAUAAAGACAGCAUCGAGUGCGUGAAGUACAUUAACGAUGAGCACUUUGUCUCUGGUGGAAUGGACGGGGCAAUAAGUUUGUGGAGCGCCCUGAAGAAGAAGCCAGUUUGCACGACGCCAUUGGCACAUGGAGUGGGGGAUAAUAGCGUGGCCAACUGGAUAACAGCCAUUGCUGUGGUGGUCAACACGGAUUUAGUUGCAACAGGAUCUUUUGAUGGUUUUGUCCGCCUCUGGCAGACAAAUCCUAACGCGCGCAAGAUGCAACUCAUCGAGAGCAUACCCAUCGCUGGUUUCAUCAACGGAUUAGCCUUCAACGCCGAUGGCACCAAGCUGUUUGUGGCCACCGGCCAGGAGCACCGCCUGGGUCGCUGGUGGCGACUCAAGGAGGCCAAGAACCACAUAGUUGUAGUCGACGUUAAAUUACAGAGCGCGGCCAGCAGUUAGGUUAUCUUUUAGGCUUAAGUAAAGUUGUAUAGUUGUUUUAACAUGAUGCGUCGUGAAAAAAUAUACACAAUUAAAUAAGACAUUGUGUGCCUGAAAGUUUAAA